AUGAGCAAUAAAAUAAAUGAAAAAGGUCCCGAAAUAGUAAUAGAACAGCAAAGCACAUCACCCUUUGUCAAAAAAAGAUCAUUUAUGGAUGAUAAUGCUAGUGAAACUAGUAGUAUUAAAGGAAAAGAAAGGUUCAAAGCUUUAACUAAAAAAGUUAUUGCUGUCCAACGCCUUCUUUCAGCGGACCAGAUUUUUUCUGUCGGUCAGGACCCAGGAAUUGACCCAAGAACUGUCGAUUAUGAUCUUCAUAACAAGUGUGAUAUUUUUUGUUCAGAUUUCAACGAAGAAAAAGCAUUUAAUACCGAACGAUUAACGAACGAAUCAUUAGAAGCUUUCCUCCAAAAACCACGUCCAUCAGGAAGUAAAGUACGAUGGAUUAAUGUCGACGGAAUUUCUUGGGAUGUAAUUAAAAUUCUUGCCAUCUAUUAUGAUUUGCACCCGUUAGCUAUUGAGGAUAUUUUACAGAGUUCACAACGAACGAAAUUGGAUCCAUAUAAAGAUCAUAUUUAUGUCUCGCUAUUGCUCCAUACUCUAGUUGAUUCCGAAAAAGACCUUCAAAUAGAUAAUAGCGACGAUGAUAGUUCGACUGAUGGAAGAGUAAGAUCUCGCCAGGAUUUAUUGCAUCAUGGUCAUCGUGAAGAUAGCAGAUAUUUGGAGGCUCAUAGACUUUACAGGAAACAAAAAUUAUAUGUUGCUGUUGAAACAGUUAACAUCUUCUUACUAACCAAUGAUAUUCUUCUUACCAUCUUCCAACAUAGCGGAAGACAAGUUUUUAAGCCCAUUCUUUCACGUAUAAUCCAACCCAAGACUUUAUUAAGAACUGCACAAGAUGCGAGUUUAUUAAUGGAAGCUGUUAUUGAUGCUAUCGUAGAUUUGGCUAUUCCAAUCAAGGAUUCUUAUCGACACCAGAUAGCUGAAUUGGAAGGAAGGUUACUGAUUCGACCAAAGUUGUAUCACACACAUGAACUUCAUAUGAUUUCCGGAGAAUUGACUAUUCUUAAAAGAACUUUGGGACCUAUCCAGGGUCUGGUUACUUUGUUGAGAAAUCACAAACAUGAGAAAGAACUGAUUUCUUCCACAGCUAAAACUUAUUUUAUGGACGUGGCGGAUCAUUGCGCAGAAAUUGUUGAAGAUCUAGACACUAUGACCAAAAUAACGGAAAGUUUAGUUAAUAUGGUUUUCAAUAUGAUUUCUUAUGAGACAAAUGAAAAUAUGAGAACUAUUGCAAUUUUUAGUAUUGUUUUCUUACCGAUGACUUUCAUAGCAGGAUAUUAUGGAAUGAACUUUGAUAGAGAAAAUUUUGCGGAUUUGGGAGAACCAUUGAGUUACUUUUGGAGGUUAACUUCAGUUGUUACCGUGUUAAUGUUUAUAGCAGGAACUUAUUCUAUAUGGACCAAAUGGGUGUCCAGAUUAAUUAGGUAUCUUUAUAAGAGGAGAUCAAUGAGGCGAGCUGAAGCCGCGAAAGCCCGACAAUCCAAAUAA